AUGUGGAUCGUUUCAUUCUGGGUUUUCCCUCUUAUAUCGGCAUGCAUGUGGUUAGCGAUGUUGAUCGCGAUGCUGGUCGUUUGGGCGCAUGCAGAUGGGGCGCCGGUUUACCCCAGUAUGGAAGAGGGGCAGACCAUUGCAUACAUCUCCGACGUUGGCGCCCAACAUCUCAAACCCCUGUUUGUCGCCGGCAGCGUGGUGACAGUCGUUUUUCUCGAUCUUGCGUUCCUGGCUGAGAGAUGGUUGCGACAUGCCGGACAAUUGGUACCGAAUAAGGGUCGUUUCGAUAAGGCGUGUGCUAUUGGGUCCAUCUUCUUCUCGAUCGCGGGUGCGCUGGGAUUGAUUCUGCUGUCGUGCUUUGACACCUUGCGGCAUCCGAAUAAGCAUGACGGAUUCCUCGCCAUGUUCCUUGCUGGAUACAUUAUUAGCGCCAUCCUGAUUUGCGCAGAGUACCUGCGUCUGGGUAUCUUCUACCGCUCGCAGCACCGGGUUCUGUUCGCUAGUUUUGUCAUGAAGUUGACGUUCAUUGUUGUCGAGAUUGCUCUUGCUAUUGCGUUUGGUGUUACUGGAAGGCACAAGAACCAGAGGAACGUGUCUUCUGUUCUUGAGUGGGUCAUUGCAUUCAUUUUCACCGGUUACGUCCUCUCCUUCGUCGUUGACUUGCUCCCCUCCGUCCGCACCCGUCGCCACGUCCCUCAGGGUCACAAGCAGAUCGCAAUGACACAAAUGGGAUCCAACGUCACGAGCACCACGGCAAACGAGAAUGCUGUCAUUGAGGAGCCCUUGACGAUGGACUCGACAGGACCUGCUGCCGGAUACUACCGUGGCCAGCGGAUCUAA